AUGUUCCGUGUGUUCUCCGGUAGCUGCAUGUCCCUCGAGGACAUGGACACAGUUCUGCGCUCCAACUUAGUAGAGCACCCGCACUUGCUGGGCCCUGGUGCAGACUUCUUCACGGAAUCCGGCGAGCCGGUCCGCCCGCAGCCGGGGGCUCACACGUUCCAAAAGGUUUUCUCUGGCAGCGCUCUUGACCUGAACGCUGGCAAUGGAGAUGUCUCCGAUGAAGAGGUGACGGUGACAAGCCCACUGGGGCAGGGGCCACGCGCCAUCCCGCCCAGUAGCAUCCUGAACCAAAUCUCCACGGAAAACGAAAAAGAGAAGGCCCGCGCCGCGAAGAUGAAGAUCCACGUUCUCGUGAUCGGUGAGAGUGGAUACCUGGCGAGUCACGUUGUGGCCAAGCUUCUAGAUGCAGGGUACAGUGUGCGCAUGACGGUGCCGGAUGUGGCGCGGCAGCAGAAGCAGAUAGACCUCUACGGCGCGAGCCGCGAUGUGGCCCAGCGUCUCACCAUCCUGCAGGCAGACGUCACGAACUCCAACUCGCUGCGCGAUGCCAUCCGCGGUUGCCGUUACAUAAUUCACUGUGGGUGUUCUAGCGCAUCGCCGCAGGCAAAGGACCUGGUGGCGCUCUACACCAAGGCGAUUCGGGCUCUAUUUGAUGGCAUCCGCCUCUCCGGCAAGUCGACAGUGAAGCGAGUCGUACUCACCGGCGCCGCGUCAUCGAUUGUGCAUAUCACGGAGUGCGACCCUCCGUCGGGGUUGUUUGAUGAGAGCAACUGGAACAGCGUAGCCACCCCCGAGGACGAUCCGCUGCCUUUUGCGAAGCUCGUCUUCGAGCGGGAGGCCUGGCGACUGCGGCAGAUGAUGGGGGUGGAGUUGGUAGUGUUGCUUCCCUCUAUCUCCAUCGGUCCAAGUCUGACCGACGAGACGAGUGAGGCAAUGGUCACCAUCGAAGGGCUCGCGAACUCUUCCAAGUACUUCCCGUUCUGCCCGAACCUUAGCUGGAACUUUGUCGAUGUGCGCGACGUUGCAGACGCGCACGUGCGUGCUCUGGAGGUGGUGGAGGUGCGAGACCAGCGCAUCAUUAUCUCCAACGAGUGCGUCAGCUUGCCAGAGCUGUGUCGCAUGAUGAAGCAGCUGUGCCCUCACCUGACACCCCCCACGCACACGGCGUGGACGUUUGUGACGCUCGGUAUUGCAACGGUAGUACUGUGGAACAGCGUGAAUCUUCGUUUCCUGUGGCGCAGUCUCGGCGUCCGCAAGCGCCUCAACAACCGCCGCGCCAAGGAGCUGCUCGGCGUUUCCUUCACACCGAUGCAGCAAACCCUUCGCGACUGCCUAGACCAGAUGACGCGGUCGGCCAAGGCAACCGCAGACGCCGAGGCGGCUGCCGCGGCGCAGCACAACCCCUCCAACGGGAAGCAGAAGGCUGCAGCCGCUUCGUCCUCCUUGCGAUUGGUCAGCCCCACGGUGGUGCUGUCCCUACUCACUCUCGCCGCUGCCGCUGCGGCAAUGGCGCGGUACGUGAAGCGAAAGUAA